CGGGUGGAGAGAUUGCGGUUUCACGUCCUGAGGUCGUGUCCUGAGGGUCAAAGGGAAGCGGGCGGCUUGCAGCGCGGGGUGGCGUUGGCCCCGCCUCCGGCCCCCGCAGGCAGAAGACGUGCAAAAUGGCGCUGCGCUGGGGCAUCGUGUCGGCUGGCUUAAUUGCCAACGACUUUACCACCGUGCUGAGCUCACUGCCUUCCUCGGAGCACCAGGUGGUAGCGGUAGCUGCGAGGGACCUGAACCGGGCCGAGGAGUUCGCACAGAAAUUCAACAUCCCCAAGGCCUAUGGCUCUUAUGAGGAACUGGCCAAGGACCCAAACGUGGAGGUGGCCUACAUCGCCACCCAGCACCCCCAGCACAAGCCAGCCGUACUCCUCUGCCUGGCAGCAGGCAAGGCUGUCCUUUGUGAGAAACCCAUGGGCGUGAAUGCAGCAGAAGUUCGGGAGAUGGUUGCCAAAGCCCGUUCUCAAGGCGUCUUCCUUAUGGAGAUGGCAGGUCCCCUCGAGGCAUGUGUCUCUUGCUUCUCAAGGUCCCAGAUGCCAUCCUUUUUUACAAGGAGCUGCUGUGAGCUUGUGAGACAUCUCCAUUUGAGCCUGCUGCUGGAAGUCCCUGUCAUGGCCAUUUGGAGCCGAUUUUUUCCUGCCAUGGAGGCUCUGAGGGAAGUUUUAGUUCAAGGAACUAUCGGAGACCUACGAGUGGCCCGGGCAGAAUUCGGAUUUGAUUUAAGUCAUAUACCCCGGGCCACAGACUGGAACCAAGCCGGAGGUGGUCUGCUGGACCUAGGCAUCUACUGUGUCCAGUUCUUAUCCAUGAUCUUUGGUGCACAGAAGCCAGAGAAGAUUUCAGCUGUUGGGAGGAUCCAUGAAACAGGUGUGGAUGACACUGUCAGCGUGCUACUUCAGUAUCCAGGAGGGGUUCAUGGCAGCUUCACCUGCAGCAUCUCCUCCAACCUCCCCAACACAGCGUAUGUGAGUGGUACCAAGGGCAUGGCCCAGAUUCAAAAAUUGUGGGCCCCAACAGAGCUGGUGGUGAAUGGAGAGAGGAAGGAGUUCCCUCCGCCUGUCCUUGGGAAGGACUACAAUUUUGUAAAUGGGUCAUGCAUGCUCUAUGAAGCCAACCACGUGCGUGAGUGCCUGCGUAAAGGUCUUAAGGAGAGUCCUGUAGUUCCUCUGGCAGAGAGUGAGCUCUUGGCUGAGAUCCUUGAGGAGGCGAGGAAGGCCAUUGGAGUCACCUUCCCCCAGGAUAAACGCUGAUACAGCUCCUGCGACAGAUGUGUGUGGCAAGCAACCUUCCCUCCUGCUUGGACCUCUGUAACCUGACUCUCAUUGCUUUGGAGUUGUUGUUGUUGUUGUUGUUGUUGCUGCUGCUGCUGCUGCAAAUCAGCACGUGUUCUCUCCCUUUCUGGGUGUUGGGAGCCAGCUUUGAUGAGUCAGGGUGUGGAGUCAGGGGAGUCUACAGACACCAAAGCUUCUUUCUAGGACAAACAGGUUCUCUCUUUACUUUAGGGGGAAACACACGCACACGCACACGCACACGCACACACACACACACACACUUGAUGGAUGAAGCUAGGCUCCAACAACUUUAUUUUUCCCCCAUAUCCCCCAGCAAACUCUUUGAAGAAGUAUAAAAAUUACAAUGUGGUUACAUUCUAUCUUUAAGUGGAUGAAUAAAUGAAGUACAAUGAGUUCAAGUAAAAACAACAACUACAAAGCCCAGCAGGCCCCCAGCACCCUUACACAAUUAAGCAAUUUAUAUAUUACAUGCAGAAAACAGAUUAUUAACAUGAAUCCACAUACAUUCCUGUCUAAGCAACUUGUUAUAGACUAACAAACUGUGGGUAAAAAAGGUAUUUUUUUCUCAGCCAGUUCUUUGACUGGCAAGCUGCAAUUUGUGAUUAUGAAGAAAGGAACAAUCAUUUUGUUAUUUGUCCUGAAAAGUAAUUUUUAAAAUUAUUCACUUUACACCCCAGUAUCAGCCCCACCUAUCUCCUCCCAGUCCUCCCUUCACACAGCUCAGCUCCCCCCCCAUUCCCUCUCUUCCUCUGAGAAGGGGGAAGCUCCCCUGGGUACCACACACACACACACACACACACACUCACACACACACACACAAACACACUCACACACACACACACACACACACACACAGCAUAUGGAGUCACUGCAGGACUAAGUGCAUCCUCUCCCACUGAAGCCAGAUGAAACAGCCCAGUUAGGGGAAUGGGAUCCACAGGCAGGCAAUAGAUUCAGGAACUAAAUGUAAUCAUAAAAAACUUAAAGAAUCACAAAUCUAAACUUUUAUAUAAAAAAAACAGUCCUUUCUACUUUAAAUCCUCGGGUACAUAAACAAAAACCUGUUUCUGGUUGCGGUGUGGUUCAGCCCUUGGCAUAUACACCUUUAAUUCAAAACAAUGGAGGUAAAGUUAGUUUGUAAAAGGAAGCACCCAUGUUUGAAAGUGAUGUCUAAUUGAGUGGCAAGCAACAAAUCAGAUUUGACAGACUAGGAUGUGCCCAGCUCCCAUGAGAGCAGAGAGGAGAGAGAGAGAGACUGCUUUAAGAGAGCAAGGCAGGGCGAUAGGAAGGAGGAGGAGGCAGGCUACUGCUACAGAGACAGGUUGAACAGAGAACAAGCUAGACUCAGGGGAAGACAGAACAAGCCAGGGAGUGAGAAGGAGCCAGAAGAUAAGAACACAUUGCCAGAGUUAGUUUGAGGCCAAGCAGAACAACCCAGUUAGAGGCUGAGAGAAGCCAGACUGGAUCAGUCAGCUUAGAAAGGAGUUUGAGCCAGAACAACUGAGUUCAGAAAGAAAAAGCUUAUUCAGAGUAAGUCUCAGAGGCUGAAACAGUGUAGACCUAGAUAAGAUUGUGCGGAGGCUAGAAGCUUGCAGGCCUAGGGUCAACUAUCAAAAGUGUGCUCUUCUAAAUUUAAAUUGUUCCCCAAGAUUUUCUACAUUAACAAAAAAAAAAAAAUCUUUUUUUUUUUUUUUUUUUUUUUCAAGACAGGGUUUCUCUGUAUAGCCCUGGCUGUCCUGGAACUCACCACCCGGCUAACAAAAACAUCUUAACCUAACUAUACUAACUACAUCUCUAAAUUCUUUCUGAGGCCGAAUCCUUUUUUUUUUUUUUUUUUUUUUUAAUUUAUUUAUUAUUAUAUGUAAGUACACUGUAGCUGUCUUCAGACACACCAGAAGAGGGAGUCAGAUCUUGUUAAAGGUGGUUGUGAGCCACCAUGUGGUUGCUGGGAUUUGAACUCUGGACCUUCGGAAGAGCAGUCGGGUGCUCUUACCCGCUGAGCCAUCUCACCAGCCCAGAGGCCGAAUCCUUAAUCUGCUCCAACAGCAAUGCUCAAAAGAGAUCAAUCAUUAUUAUUGUAAGAACCAAUGAUACUUGCUGAGGUGAUCUUUAUGUGCGCUUGCGCUGUGCAAAGAUUGUCUCUGUAUUAUUCAAAUGCUGGUUUCUGAGUAGGCAGGCCAGAUUUUGGUAUUGUUAAUCAUCACCUGUUGUAGUGUUUUGUAAACACUUCCUUCAACACUGCCUGAUUUAAUAAAGAACUGAGCGUGG